GUUGGCCAGGGUCUCCCCAAAAAUGUGAUAAGGAGUGGUAUUUUUGAAAUUCAGACAGUAAAGAGGAUUAAAAUUGUCCGUUGGGCGAAAAUUGAGAAUCGAGGGAUGAUCUGUAAUUUUGUUGUUGGGUGAGUGUGUUGAUCGGAUUGGAUUGGAGGCAAGCAAAGUGCAAAUCAAGCGAUUAAUCAAUCUUCGGGGUACGAAAUUUGAUGUUUGUUGAGCUUUUAUGAAUCACAAUUAAAUGCAUGGUGUGAUCUGAAAAGGCAAAGGAGAACUAAAAAAGUGUGGAAUCAAUUGAAAUCAGGCGGUGCUGUUGAAUUCUGCAAUGGCAUCGGCAGCGCCUAAUGUCGAUCUCUUCGAUGCCUAUUUUCGCCGUGCAGAUUUGGAUCGAGACGGCCGUAUCAGCGGUGCCGAAGCCGUCUCCUUCUUCCAGGGCUCCGGUUUGCCCAAACAUGUUCUUGCGCAGAUUUGGGCAUUUGCAAACCAAAGCCAGAGUGGUUUCCUUGGGCGGGCAGAGUUUUACAAUGCCCUUAAGCUUGUUACCGUGGCACAGAGUAAGCGGGAACUAACUCCCGAAAUGGUAAAAGCAGCAUUGUAUGGCCCGGCUGCAUCUAAGAUUCCUGCUCCUCAGAUUAAUUUCAGUGCCACAGUAUCUGCACCUGCGCCUGCACCUGCACCUGCACCUGUACCACAGAUUGGUCCUGUUAGUCCUUUAUCCCACCAAAAUCUUGGACCAAGGGGGGCAGUUCCAAAUUUGAGUGGUAACCAGCAAACCCUCCCUUCUCAGGGAAAUCAGUUUGCGAGGCCUCCAGCUACUGUUGCCACUCAAGGAAUGGCUCGCCCUGAAACCCCUGGCAUUUCCAGUUAUGGCAAGAUGGGUGGAACUCCAGAAGUAACUUCCUCUCCAGUAGCAGUUAGAGGAACUAGUCCCCCAUCAGCGCAGGAGGGGUUUGGGUUUGGAUCAAAUGUGGCACGGCCACCUGGCCAAUAUCCUGCCUCCCCCAUAAAGUCAUCAGAUCAAUUGGUUAAGGAUUCUAAACCAGUGGAUGCUUCUGUUAACGGUGAUUCUUCCGAUUCAUUUUUUGGAGGAGAUUUAUUCUCAGCUAGCUCAUUUCAGCCCAAGCAAGCUUCUUCUCCACAAGGAUUUUCUUCUGGCACUUCAGCGCUUUCUUCAGCUAUUGUUCCUGUAUCUGGAGGAAACCAGCAUUCUACUAGGACUAGUACCCCUGAUUCUUUGCAGCGCUCACUUGCAACCCAGCCUGUUGGUGCACAGCUUCAGCAAGCCCAGCCGGUGGUAAAACAGGACCAGCAUGCGUCAGUCCAGACACAUAAUAUGCCGAAUUCAUCUGGACUUCCAGGGAGAUUACAGGAUUCUGCUUCCAGUCAAUCCCAAGCUCCAUGGCCAAGGAUGACUCAAACUGAUGUUCAGAAAUAUAUGAAAGUAUUCAUGGAAGUAGACACAGAUAGAGAUGGGAAAAUCACGGGGGAACAAGCGCGGAACUUGUUUCUUAGUUGGAGAUUACCAAGAGAGGUUUUAAAGCAGGUUUGGGACUUAUCGGAUCAAGAUAAUGAUAGCAUGCUUUCUCUCAGGGAGUUUUGUAUUGCAUUGUACCUAAUGGAGCGACACAGGGAAGGACGUGUUCUUCCAGCAGUACUUCCAAGUAACAUUGUGCUUGAUUUACCAACUACUGGUCAACCUGCUGCUCACUAUAGUAGUUGGGGAAAUCCAUCAGCUUUUCAACAACAGCCAGGGACAACUGGUUCUGGUGCUCGACAAGUGAACCCUGCUGCAGGUCGGCCGCCAAGGCCGGCUGCUGUCUCUCAGUCUGAUGAAGGACCUCAGAACAAGCCGCAGAAAUCUAGAAUUCCAGUCUUGGAGAAGCACCUCAUUAAUCAGCUGAGUUCAGAUGAGCAAAAUUCAAUUAAUUCAAAGUUUCAAGAAGCGACAGAAGCUGAUAAGAAGGUGGAAGAACUUGAGAAGGAAAUUAUGGAGUCCAGAGAGAAAAUAGAAUUUUACCGUGCAAAAAUGCAGGAACUUGUUCUGUACAAAAGCAGAUGUGACAAUCGUCUUAAUGAGGUCAUAGAAAGGAUAGCUGCUGAUAAGCAUGAGGUUGAGAUUUUAGCAAAGAAAUAUGAAGAUAAAUAUAAGCAAGUGGGAGAUUUAUCAUCCAAGUUAACUACCGAGGAAGCCACGUUUCGUGACAUACAGGAGAAAAAAAUUGAAUUGUACCAAGCAAUUGUCAAGAUGGAACAGGAUGGAAAAGGUGAUGCAACUCUGCAGGCUCAUGUUGAUCGUAUUCAAACAGACCUUGAUGAGCUGGUGAAAUCUCUGAAUGAGCGGUGCAAGAAAUACGGAUUACGUGCUAAGCCCACUACAUUAUUGGAGCUACCCUUUGGCUGGCAACCUGGUAUCCAAGAAGGAGCUGCUGACUGGGAUGAAGAUUGGGAUAAGCUUGAAGAUAAAGAAUUUGUUUUUGUCAAAGAACUCACUCUCGACGUGCAAAACAUUAUAGUGCCUCCAAAGCAAAAGUUGCCGUCAGCUGUGAACACGAAAGCUGUGAACGUGGAAGCUGUGAACACGGAAGCUGUGAACGUGGAAGCUGUGAACACAGAAGCUGUGAACACCGACAGUCCUACAUUUGCUGCUUCUCCCAAGAGUGAUGAUAAGUCGGAAAAGCCCCGGACUACCAAUGAACAGGGAGUUGGCAAUGGAUCUGUUUAUAAUAAAAGUGAAGAUGGGUCUGUAAAAAGUGCUCCCAAUAGUCCAUUUGCAAGCAGUGCUAUCGGAAGCCCACAUGGGGAUUUUGAUUCUGACAUUAGAAAGACAGCUGGUGAAGAUAGCUCACUCCGUGAUCAAGAUACCAUACAAGAAACCCAAAGUGAUCAUGGUGGUGUCAAGUCUGUGUUUUCUGGAGACAAAAUUUUUGAUGAACCAAAUUGGGGAACCUUUGACACAAAUGAUGAUAUUGAUUCAGUUUGGGGAUUCAAUGCUAGUAGCUUCACUAAGGAGGAGAGAGAUCUUGAUAGAGCUGGGAACAACUAUUUCUUUGAUUCUGGGGAACUGGGCUUAAACCCCAUCAAAACAGGUUCACCACAGGCUGGUGAUUUCUUCCAGAGGAGCAGUGGAUUCGGUUUUGAUGAUUCUGUUCCAAGCACACCACUUUACAGCUCAAGUAGCUCUCCGCAAAGGCCAAAAGAGUGGUUGGAAACUGCUUUUGAUUUCUCAAGAUUUGAUUCCUUCAGAACACAUGAUAGUGUAUCUUUGCCUGCUCGGGAGACGACAGAACAAUAUGAUUCAGUACGCAACAGUGUGGAUUUUGACCAUGCUCAUGGGUUUCCAGCUUUUGAUGACUCGGAUCCCUUUGGCUCUGGCCCGUUUAGGACUUCAUCGGAUAAUCAAACUCCAAGACGAGGAUCUGAUAAUUGGAGUGCCUUUUAGUUUAGCAAUUCCACCCGAUGCAUUAUUUCUUUCUAUUUUCAGACUUUCCGACUGUUGCCUCUGGUGGAGUGGGUUGUCAGUCUUGCUAUCUGGAACCUGUUACGUGUAAUGUAUUUCUUGUAUUUAAUCUUGUGUAUUCCUUGUUCCUCACUUUUUCUUUGGGGAAGGGCGCAGGUUUGUCUCCAGUCCAGCAAUCUUACUUCCCUUCUUAAAAUGAAAGUGAAGGCCUGUCUAUAUUUUUGGUUUGUUGGUUGAUAAUUUUCCAUAGUCCCGUAGAAGAGAUUGUGGUAUUGAUGACUAUCUGAUUUGAGUGUUGUUUACCGAGCGGAAUUGUAUUAUGAUUCUUUUUCAUAUAUGUGCUGAAGUAUAACUUGAACCUAAUUUGUUCAAUUAAAUUUAGUGAAAUGUAAACAAUAUACUUUUUAACACAA